GUGGUAACCGCCUAAACAUGUCAGCAGCUGUGGCCGUGCCGCCCCGUAUUGAGGUGUCCGACACUUCCCAGAUGCAGGCUGACUACGACGACGACUUUGAGGACUUUGAUAAAGAGUUGGACUCCUUCAUCGCCAGUGAGGACAGCUCUCAGAGUGACAACAAGGCAGCUGAUGAUAAGGAGUCAAUCAGGAAGCAGAGCAGCGAUUCAUCUGACAGCCAACCAGAGAAGGGUACUGAGGAGAUUGAGAAGGGUCAGAAGGAGUACCCCACCCCCACCAGCAAGACGUCAGCGUCGGAUGGGGAUGACUACACCUUCAGUGAUGACCAGAAGCGGGCCAUGAUGGAACUGUUAGCACAGAGACAGGAGAACGACUUCCCAGAUGAGGAUCCCCCUGAGUACGAUGUUAAGGACCGGUUGAUCCAGCUGAACGCGGAACUGGCCCAGGAGUCUGACCCCGGAGAGAGGGCACACAAGGUCGGCUUCAAGGAGACUCUUGUUGAUCUGGUCGCCCCACCACCAGACUUCAGCGAUGAUGAAGAUUCUCAAAAAGCAAAAUCAAAUCCAACAAGUCCUCGUGAAAGUGAGGUUGUGUCCAGCAAAUUCUCCUCUAAUCAGACCUCAAAAUCCACAGACGGGAAGAAAAGAGUAGUAGUAGAACGUGAGGGUAAAUUUGAGGUAGUGAACACUGACGAUUUAACUCCUACCGAACGACAGAUGUAUGUCUGUGACCCUGACCCUGAGCCUCCAGCUAAGCAGGAAGGGCCAAAGAAAAAUGAGAAGAAUGUAAACAAUUGUAACAUACACGAAAAAUCAAAACAACCUUCUCCUCCUAAACAGCCAAGACCAGCUACAGCGAAUGGUCACACAAAUCGUCGAGCACUUCGACCAGUGCAAAACAAGCAACGACCAAAGUCAGCAGCAAACCAGGUUUUCAAUGAGAGCAGGUCAGUUGAUAACUUUACCUACGAAUCACCUUAUGCUCUGUCACCAGAACAGAAGGAGUUGUCACGGCAACGAGCAAAGGCAAUGGAGGAUCACAAGCGUGAUCAGGAUAGACGGAGACGGGAGGAGAAAGAGUCUGAGCAGAAGGAAAGUGAUGAAGCAUUCCAAGCCUGGUUGAAGCAGAAGAGAGAAGAAAUCAGAAAGAGGCGAGAGCGGGAACAGGAGGAGAAAAAGAAAGCGGAACAAACUGAUAAGGAUUGGUCGGAUGGAGAAGCAGACCUUUUGACAAAGAACCAGCUGAAGCAGCUGGAACAGGAGGAGCCAGCUCUGCAAUCUUUCCAACCGUUGUUCCAGAAGGAAGAGAACGAGGCAGCAUUCCGAGUAUGGCUGAAGGAGAAGCGUGUUCAGAUACGUCGAGAAAAGCUGCUGCAGCAUCGUGAGGACCAGGAGAUGAAGGAUGGCUACCAGACUGUGUCGCGGGACGAGUGUGACAGAGCAUUUAAAGAGUGGGUUAAGAAGAAGAACAUAGAGAGCAGGAAACUGAAGGCGGUGGAGAGACAGAAGAGUCGCUCAGCUCGUAUUUCUGCCAAACGCUCACGCAGGUCAGCCAGCCUGCUGCGGGCCAUCCGCAACUCCCAGUCGUUCCAGUACGUUGACUACUAUGGCUACAGGUUCUGAUGGGCUGCCAGUCGGUGCCUUCUAAGUCAGUCAAGCGACAGAUAGGGGUUGUCUCAAUAGUUUAAAGGUGUUUUAUUGUGUGGGAACAAGUGCUCUUGUUUUCAGGCUAUUUUGUGCUAGAUCAGAGGUUGUUUUGACAACAGUUAUGAUACAGAGAUACCUUAUAAAAUUUGAAACAACUCCUAAGAAAGAUUUGCUAAGAAUCAACUCAGCUAUCUGUGAUCAAGUAUUUCAGGGAAUUAAUGUGGAGAAAAGUCAAAUUUUGUCAUUUGUAUAUUUGUAUUUCAUAAGGUCAUGUUUAUUGAAUAAAAUUAUUCUCCAACUGUA